UACAGGUCCCAGGGAUCAUAAACCUUAGUACGGUGGAUCCUGGUGGUACAGACCUGCAGGUUGGAGGCCCCUGUGCAACCUUGCCAGCAUUGCAAAGCCCUCGCCGAUGAUGCGACAAAGCAGGAGAGCAGGCUUGGCCUUGCCUUGAACUUGGCAGAGUGUUUAGCACCGCCCAGGGCAACAUAUAUAACAUGUAGCAAUGGGCGACAUCACAUCGGUCCUUGGGCUCUACAGAGACGCUACCUGCUCCCUCGCGCUCUUCCGGUCACCAUUUCCGGCCCAGUCUCUCGUUCCCUGUCUACUAUUACGUAGCAAGCCACUCGUUCCAACCCCAAAAUGCGCUUCUCCUCCAUCUUUACCGUCUUCCUGACGGCGGCGCUGUCCGUCGAGGCGUAUCCCUCCGCGGCCACCUCCCCCGACGAGCUGUCCAUCCGCGACGAUGACCACUCGUGGAAGGCCCCUGGCCCCAACGACCGACGCGGCCCCUGCCCCAUGGUCAACACGCUGGCCAACCACGGCUACCUCCCGCGCGACGGCCGCAAGAUCAACCUGGUCAACCUGAUCAAGGGCCUCGACGCCGGCGUCAACCUCGACGCCGCCGCCACGACCCUGGUCGGCGCCGUGGCCCUGACGACGGGCAACCUGCUGUGGUUCAACCUCGACGACCUCAACAAGCACCGCAUCAUUGAGCACGACGGCAGCCUGAGCCGCAAUGACGUGGCCCUGGGCGACAACCACUCCUUCAACCCCGCCAUCUGGGCCACCACGGCCGCCCGCUUCCCCGCCGGCAACGGCACCAUCGACAUCCCCACGGCCGCCGCCGCCCGCAAGGCCCGCCUGGCCGCGGCCAAGGCGGCCAACCCCGAGUUCGACAUCGGCACGCUGGGCGAGCAGUUCAGCCAGAUCGAGACGGCCCUGUACAUGUCCGUCUUUGGCAACCAGGACACGGGCGACGCCAGGGCCGACUGGGUCAAGGUCAUGUUCCAGGAGGAGCGCCUGCCCCUGGCCGAGGGCUGGACGCGCCCCGCCAACAAGAUCACCAUCUCCGGCCUCAACAACCUGAGGAACAAGAUUAACGACGCUGCAUAGGCGCAUUUCUGGUCUUAGCACAGCAUGGUUAUGUGAGAUGGAAAGGUCAUCACGUAGGGAAAUAUCAGUCGUUAAAAUCGCGAGCUCCUCAAAGCCAAGCCAUCCUAUCCACACAAUGCUGCCUUGUCCCAAAACCGAAAACGCCAUCCACGGAAAGCCUCGGAUAUCUGCAUAUGCUAGAAAGUGCUCCCGUCAUGGGUCAUAAACGGGUCCAAAAACUGCUGAAAACCGACUUCACCCCGAUAGGGUAGAAAGAGCAUAGGAACAAAUCACACAAUAUAACUUGCUAAAAAUCAAUUAUCUUGCAAUAUGCUCCUGGA